CUCCACCUUUCUUCCUAACUCCCACUGUCUAUUCCUUCUCGGGGACAUUUCGAGCCACGAACCAGCAAUGUCAAUGCAAAUAUUUGGAGGGCAGGCUACGGAGGAAAAAGCCGAAAAUGCGCGUCUCUCUUCGUUUGUCGGUGCUCUCGCUCUUGGGGACCUUGUAAAAUCCACGCUUGGCCCUAAAGGAAUGAACAAAAUUCUCCAGUCGGCAUCGACUGGGGAAAUCAACGUAACGAACGAUGGGGCGACGAUCCUGAAAGCCAUUCAGCUGGAUAAUGCCGCCGCUAAGAUUCUGGUGAAUAUCUCCAAGGUUCAGGAUGAUGAAAUUGGAGAUGGUACGACGAGCGUAUGCGUGUUGGCGGCAGAGCUGUUAAGGGAGGCCGAAAAGUUAAUCGCGCAGAAGAUACAUCCCCAAACCAUUGUCGAAGGAUAUCGGAUUGCGAGCUUGGCAGCGUUGAAGGCCUUAGAGGGCUCUGCUAUGGAUCAUUUCUCGGACCCAACAGUGUUUCGUCGAGAUCUUUUCAACAUUGCCCGAACAACACUAUCGUCAAAAGUUUUGUCGCAAGAUAAAGACUACUUUGCCAACCUUGCAGUUGAUGCCGUCCUGAGGUUAAAGGGAUCCACGGACCUCGACCACAUUCAAAUAAUUAAAAGGGUCGGCGGGAAACUCACUGAUUCGUACUUGGAUGAAGGUUUCAUUCUUGACAAAACUAUUGCGGUCAACUCCCCAAAGCGACUGGAGAACGCUAAAAUACUCAUCGCCAAUACCUCCAUGGAUACUGACAAAAUCAAAAUCUUUGGUGCCCGAGUGAAGGUAGAUGGUACCAGGAAACUUGCUGAACUAGAACGAGCUGAGAAGGAGAAAAUGAAGGCCAAGGUCGAAGCCAUCGCGACUCAUGGGAUCAAUUGCUUCGUCAAUAGACAGCUGAUAUACAACUAUCCCGAGUCUCUUCUGGCGGACAAGGGUAUCAUGGUGAUCGAGCACGCAGACUUUGAAGGUGUCGAGCGACUCUCACUCGUUACCGGCGGAGAGAUCACAAGUACGUUUGACCAGCCAGAGCUGGUCAAUCUUGGACAGUGCGACCUCAUCGAAGAGAUCAUGAUUGGCGAAGAUAAGCUCAUCAAGUUCUCAGGCGUUGCUGCUGGUGAAGCCUGCACUGUCGUUCUCCGGGGCUCCACGAAUCAGAUGGUAGAUGAGGCCGACCGGUCGUUACACGACGCGCUCUCAGUACUCUCACAGACCGUCAAAGAGACGCGGACCGUGCUAGGCGGUGGCUGCUCAGAAAUGUUGAUGAGCUGUGCUGUUGAAGAGGAGGCCAGGAAGGUGAAGGGAAAGAAGGCCAUUGCUGUUGAAGCUUUUGGCAGGGCGCUGCGACAAAUUCCGACGAUCCUUGCUGACAAUGCGGGGUAUGAUUCUUCAGACUUGGUUACGCGGCUUCGAGCGGCGCACUAUGAAGGCCAGACAGAUGCCGGGCUGGAUAUGAAUGAGGCAACGAUUGGCUCAAUGCGCAAGCUGGGUAUUACGGAGAGCUACAAGUUGAAGCGUCAGGUAGUUCUCAGUGCCAGUGAGGCUGCAGAGAUGAUAAUACGUGUGGAUGAUAUCCUGCGCGCUUCUCCCCGACAACGGGAGGCUGUUUAGUCGGUUGUUUAGAGUGAUUGAUAACAUUGCUAAAUUCUACCUUGUAAUAUUUGAUCAAAUGUUCCUUUUCAUGGCUGAGUUCCUUUGUAACAGUUAUGGGCUGUCUUCGAUGUGGCUGG